AUGUAUACAAAUAAUGAUAUUGAUACAUUUCUUAAAAAAUUAAUCGAUAGCCAAAAUCAAAUAUCACAAAAUGCUAACGAAACACAAACAUCAAUUGUUCAAUUGAGAUCAGAAAUCGAUAAAAAUAUAUUAAAAGAUUUAAUUAAUCAAAAAAUUGAUUAUCGACAUAAAGUAAUUCGACUUUUAGCUGAAAUUUGUAAAGAUGAAUCUCAACGACAUGAAUGUGUAAAAUUAGAUUUUAUAUCUUGUUUAAAAGAUCCUUUACAAUCUGGUACUAUUCAAGAAAAAAUUGAAUCAUGUCGUGCAAUAGGAAACAUGUGUUAUGAAAAUGCUGAUGGUUGUGAUUUAGUAUUUAAUAUAAUUGGUAUAAAUACUUUAUUUGAUGUAUGUCGAUAUGCAUGUGAAACAAAUGAAAAUGAAAGUGAACAAUUACGAAUGAUGACAUUAGGUGCAUUACAUAAUAUUAUUAAUUCAAAUGAAACAGUUGCAGAAUCAAUAUUAAAAGAAAAUUUAUUUCAAAUAUUUCUUCUUUAUAUACCUUUUUUAUCGGAAUCAAAAAUCAUAUUAUUUCUAUUUUCAAUUUGUUCUAAUAUGAACGAUCAUGAUACAAAAUGUGAACAUCUUGUUUCGAGUCAUUUAUUAUCUGCAAUUGGAAAUCAAAUAACUGAAUCAAAUAUAUAUGAUAAUCGUACUGUUAUUUUACCUUAUUUACUCGAAGCAUGUGAAGAAGAUAGUGUAAAAGAAGAAUUAUGUUCAUCAUUAUUUUAUUAUAAAUUAAUUAAUUUAUGUGAACAAUAUGUUGGACAAGAUGAAGAAUUUCUUCGUGAAACAUGUUAUUUACUUGUUGUUCUUAUAACGACAGAUAAAUCAAUUGAUCAUUUAUUAACUUCUAAUAAAUAUGAUUUACUUGAAUAUGGUAUAUCAUGGUUAGAAAAAUCAAAUUUACAAUUAAAAAUGACCGGUGCAUUAAUAAUAACAAAUUUAACACGAAAUGAUCAAUCAGCAAUAAGUAUAUUAUCAGAUAAACGUAAACCAGAUAUAAAAUUAGUUGAACAAUUAAAAUAUUUUUCAAUACAAUUACAAAAUAAAUUUGAAUUAAUGACAGAUGAACAAGCAAAAGCUGCACAUGGAAUUUUAGGUGCAUUAAGAAAUCUCGCUGUUCCAACUACAAAUCGACAUUUAUUAGUAGAUAAUGAUGUUCUUGAUAAUGUAAUUCCAUAUAUAUUUAUAAAAAAUUUUGGUGGUGAAAUAGCUUAUAAAGCAACUGGUGUUAUUCGUUUUCUUCUUCGUGAUGCAAAAGAAACAUCAAAAUUAGCAAUUGUAGAUGAUCAAAUUUUAAAACAAAUUGUUCUUAAUAGUAGUGCUCUGCAUGCAGGUUUACAAUUUGAAUCUCGUCGUGUUUUAUUUUUAUUACCAAUUGCAUUAAAAACGAUUGAAGCUAUUGAAGCACUUGCACGAAAUGAUGUUUUUCCACUUAUUACUUCAACAUUGGCUUCAUGUGAUGUACAAACAAAUCGUGGAAUUAUUCAAAAUGAAGCACUUAUUGCACUUAAUAUUAUUUUAAUGUUAGCUAAUGCAUUUAUUUGUGAGAAAUUAAAAGAAGCAAAUUGUCAUGAAAAUGUUAAAGAAUUUUUAAAACAAGAAAUUCAAUAUUCAGAGAUAGUUAAUAAUGUUCUUCAAUUAAUUCAUUUAAUUAAAAAACAAAAUAAUUUUCUUACAAUAGAACAAUUACAUGAAUAUAAACCAUUACUUGAAAAUAUUCGUAUUAGUCAAAAUUGUGGUGGUCGAAGACUUAUUGAUCGAACAUUGGCUAUUAUACAGAACGAACUCGAAUAA